AUGUCAACAGGCGCUGAAAAGUACAAGAGCUUAAAGGUCAAGGAACUGCAAGAGCUAUUGACCAAGAGCGGAUUGCCUCAUACUGGAAAGAAGGAGGAGCUCAUUGAACGUCUUGUAAAGCAUGAUGAAAAGCAAGACAAAGAACUCGCUUCUUUAGAUGACGAGUUUGGAGAUUUAGAUGAUUUUGAUGAGUCCAAGGUCAAUUUAGACGACCUCACCGAGUCUGUUAAGCCUAUUGAAGAUUUGAGUGCUGAUAUUGAGGAUAUUGAUGAAGCUUUGAAACAACCCGAGGCAACUACCGCAGAAACGAAACAACCAGAGGCUUCUACCACUUCUGCUGAGACGCCUGCAACUCCCACUACUACACCUGCUGCCACAAUCACUAGCACUACCACUCCUAGUGACGAGCCCAUUGUGAAGCCCAACUCCAACUUCAAAUUCACCCCCAUCACAUUCGAUAAACCAGCAUCUACUGCUACUACUACCACCAGCACAGCUCCAACUACCACAGCAAAAGAACCCGCAUCUUCUCGCCAGCCUAUAACUGCUGUUGCAGAUGCUAAAGUGAAAUCAAUAGACGACGCUGAAAAGGCAUUAGAGCGUGCAAAGAGAUUUGGAAUUCAAUUGAAUGAAAAGGCCAAGAAGGACAUUCGUGCUCAAAGAUUUGGCAUUGCAAAUAAAGCAGCAGCUACUGCACCACCACAGCAAAAGAAGACAGGCAUUGAUCCUGAAGUUCUCAAGAAACGUGCAGAGAGAUUUGGCAUCUCAAACACAGCUGCUGCUAUCGCAUCAUCCAAGGGUAAGGUUCCUGUUAAAUUUGAUGCUGCUGAAGAGGAAAAGAAGAGAAAGAGAGCCGAGAGGUUCGCUGCAAACAAGAAGCAAAAGGCGGAGUAG